GGGGGAGCCAGGGGAGGGGCAAGUGACGCGGGGGAGCGGGGCGUGGGGGAGGGCAGUGAUCCGGGUGGAGGAAAUUUGGGAGGAGUGUCCGGGGGGCAGCAACUUAAAAGGGGGAGGGAACUGCGGCUAAGGAGACGUUCGGUGAUGGGACCGCAAUGUAUGAGGGGAUACCGUGCCUCAGGUUUAAAAGAGCAGGAAGCUGAGUGAGAGGCUAGAGAAAAAGUGCCUUCGCUAGGCGGAGGUUACAGGUGGUGUCUCGGAAAGAGCUCCGAGGCUGUAGGCUGUAGUCGGGAAGAAGAUCGGAGAACUGUGUGGAAGGGGCAGCUAGGGGACGAGGGUCCAGGGGCGAGGGGGAACUUCGCGACUUUCUGAGGACUGGUAGGAAUGUGCCUCCUGGCCCUCAGUGCUUCCCCCCUGGGGGGAGGCAUCGUGAGGGACUGUGGCAGGCUCCAGUGAACGCUGAGCCGCGGAGGUCCAACUCCACGUAUGGAUCCAGGGAAUGAGAAUUCAGCCACAGAGGCUGCCGCGAUCAUAGACCUCGAUCCCGACUUCGAACCCCAGAGCCGUCCCCGCUCCUGCACCUGGCCCCUUCCCCGACCAGAGCUCACUACUGAGCCUCGCGAGCCGUCCGUGGUGGAGCCUAGUCUGGGAGAGAAGGUACACACGGAGGGGCAUUCAGAGCCCAUCCUGUUGCCCUCUAGGCUCCCAGAGCCGGCAGGGGGCCCCCAGCCCGGGAUCCUGGGGGCUGUAACAGGUCCUCGGAAGGGAGGCUCCCGCCGGAAUGCCUGGGGAAAUCAGUCAUAUGCAGAACUCAUCAGCCAGGCCAUUGAAAGCGCCCCGGAGAAGCGACUGACACUCGCCCAGAUCUAUGAGUGGAUGGUCCGCACGGUGCCCUACUUCAAGGACAAGGGUGACAGCAACAGCUCAGCUGGAUGGAAGAACUCGAUCCGCCACAACCUGUCCCUGCAUAGCAAGUUCAUCAAGGUUCACAAUGAGGCCACUGGCAAGAGCUCUUGGUGGAUGCUGAACCCCGAGGGAGGCAAGAGCGGCAAGGCACCCCGCCGCAGGGCAGCCUCCAUGGAUAGCAACAGCAAGCUGCUCCGAGGCCGCAGCAAGGCCCCCAAGAAGAAACCAGCUGUGCUGCCAGCUCCACCAGAAGGCGCCACUCCCACCAGCCCUAUCAACCACUUCGCCAAGUGGUCGGGCAGUCCUUGCUCUCGAAACCGGGAAGAAGCCGAUGUGUGGACCGCCUUCCGUCCACGAAGCAGUUCAAACGCGAGCACAGUGAGCACCCGGCUGUCCCCCAUGAGGCCCGAGUCAGAGGUGCUGCCGGAGGAGGAGAUGCCAGCCUCGGUGAGCAGCUAUGGAGGAGGUGUCCCACCCACUCUGAAUGAAGAUCUAGAGCUGUUAGAUGGGCUCAAUCUCACAUCUUCCCAUUCCCUGCUGGCCCGGAGUAGUCUCUCUGGCUUCUCCCUGCAGCACCCUGGGGUGACGGGCCCCUUACACACCUACAACACCACCCUCUUUGGCCCAGCAGAGGGGCCCCUGGCGGCAGGAGAGGGGUGCUUCUCAAGCUCCCAGUCUCUGGAGGCCCUGCUCACUUCUGAUACGCCACCACCCCCUGCUGAUGUCCUCAUGACCCAGGUAGAUCCCAUUCUGUCCCAGGCGCCAACACUUCUGUUGCUGGGGGGGAUGCCUUCCUCCAGUAAGCUGGCCACGGGAGUCAACCUGUGUCCUAAGCCCCUGGAGGCCCCAGGCCCCAGCAGUCUGGUUCCCAGCCUUUCUAUGCUAGCACCCCCUCCAGUCAUGGGAGGUGCUGCGGCUCUGGGGACCCCUGUGCUCACACCUCCUACUGAAGCUGCAAGCCAAGACAGAAUGCCUCAGGAUCUCGAUCUGGAUAUGUAUAUGGAAAACCUGGAGUGUGACAUGGAUAACAUCAUCAGUGACCUCAUGGAUGGAGGCGAGGGACUGGACUUCAACUUCGAGCCAGAUCCCUGAGUCGUGGCUAGAAGCCUUGUCCCCUGCUUCAGCGGUGGAGCCAGGCGUGUCCAUAUACACUCUUUUCCCUUGGAGCCCUCCCCAGGAAUUUGGGCCCCUGCCUUAGAGUAGGGGUGAGGUCUGGGGAUGGACACACACACACACACACAUAUACACAUACACAAAGUUGAGGAAGUUACAAAGCUGCCCCUUAGGGGGACUAUAGCGGGAGGGAGUUGGGAGGGGAAAAGGGAGAGGGUUUAUUCUCACUGUGCCAUUUUGGGGGGUAAGGCCCUUUUCUCAGGAGCCAGCCUCUGCUUCCCCCAUUCCCACCCCUUAGGCUUGGUAGCAGGGGUGGGCUGUGCUGUUGGAAAUGUGAAGUCACCAGUGGCCUUACCCCUGCCUUUGGGAGCAGGAUUUUUUUGUAGAGAGUCUUAUCUGAGCUGGGCCAGGCUAGGUUGAGCCUGGGAUUUUUAUGCAGUGGCCCCUUAGGCCCGUGGUGUGGUGUGGGGUGGGGGGUGGGGGUGGGGGUAUAGGGGACCUGGAAGGGCCAAGGUCUGAGCCCUGGAGUGGCUCACCAGGCCAAAUCACCCUUGGAAGGCUGCAGAUAACAGAAAGGCUUUUUAUAAACUUUUAAAGAAAUAUAAACACAAAUAUAGAAGAUUUUUAACAGCGGCAAGGUGCUAGUGAUGGGGAGAAGGCUUUUUUUUCUUUCUGAGGGCUUUGUCACAGUGACAUGAUGCAAACACUACAGACAGUACUGGGGGAGACCUGGAAGGAGGGGAGGGGUGGGGUGCUUCCCUAUUAGAAAAAGGUCUAUGCACAGAUAGGCUGGGGUUUCCCUAAAGAAAAGGCUAAGCCAGGUCCCCUCUUUCUGUCAGCUUGUGCCGGGGAGUGUGUAGUAAUGGGGUGCAGCCACACUCUUGACGAUGACCCAGUGUGGGUUAGUGCUGGGGUUAGGGAGAAUGCAUUGAAGGACUGGAAUUUGUUUGGGGCCUGGGAGGAGGUAGGAGUGGGGGAGAAGAGAAGAGGAGGAUUUAGGGUGGUGAAGUGAGGUACAGAGACCUCCCUGUUCAAGGCCCCUGACAGCUGUCCCUGCCCUUCUUCCCCUUGCCUGACUACAGGGGUUAUGUGGAAGUGUGUGUGGUGGCAGGCCAGGGGGGGAGGGGAGGAGCCAGGAAGGGGGAGCUGGGGAGUUUGGCUGAGGGUCUGAGAAAUGAGCGCGGGAUUGGGAGGGGGGGUUGGGGAAGUGUGGAUCAGGUUUACUAGCACCUGCCAGGGAGGCCAUCUGGGGCUCCUUCUCCACCCCAGCCCCCAAAGCAGCCCCUCCCCACAGCGCCCUUUGCAUUGUCCCCUCCCCCACUCCUGCUGUGGGUUCCCAUCAUUUCCUGUGUCAGCGCCUGGCCUACCCAGAUUGUAUCAUGUGCUAGAUUGGAGUGGGGAAGUGUGUCAAAUCAAUAAAUGAAUAAAUUCAAUAAAUGCCUAUAACCAGC